CUCAUUUAUCUCCCCAGAAACCAAGAGAUCUUCACACAAAACAGUCUGAGCAAACAACAGUGUUUCAGCCUCACGGAUUCGAAUAUCUGCGAAAGCCAAGUUCUUGCUUUCCCUUUCCGUUUUUCGGUUUAAAUUCCAGUCCAGGUCAAUGUUGUAUGCUGUCUCCUUUCCAAAUUCUUGCACAUUCCAUCCAAGAACUCCUCACGGCCUUCAUUUUCUUCAGAAGCAUUCAGUUCCAACAAGUUUUCGCAUUCAUGCUUCGUUGUCAAAUCAGAACAAUGGUGCUAAAGUGGAAUACACUCCCUGGUUGAUUGCGGGAUUGGGAAAUCCCGGGAAUAAGUACCAUGGAACUAGGCAUAAUGUCGGUUUUGAAAUGAUUGACACCAUUUGUGAAGCACAAGGCAUUGUCAUGAAUACAAUACAAGCAAAGGCCUUGAUUGGAAUAGGUUCCAUUGGGGAGGUACCAAUUUUGCUGGUGAAGCCUCAAGCAUACAUGAAUUUUAGUGGGGAAUCGGUCGGACCACUUGCUGCACACUAUCAAGUACCCCUACGCCAUAUAUUAUUGGUGUAUGAUGAGAUGAGCUUACCAAAUGGUGUUAUGAGAAUUCAGCCAAAAGGAGGCCAUGGCCAUCACAAUGGAGUAAAGAGUGUAAUGGGCCAUCUGGAUGGUUGCCGUGAUUUUCCUCGGUUGUGUAUAGGUGUUGGGAAUCCACCAGGCAAUAUGGACAUGAGGGCUUAUCUCCUUCAGAAGUUCAGCAGUGAAGAAAGACAGCAGAUUGAUGAAGCACUCAAACAGGGGGUUGAGGCUGUGAGGACCCUGGUGCUCCAUGGAUUUAACCACUCUAUCUCUCGAUUUAAUUUGGGGCAGAAAUACAAGCAUCACCAAGUGGAAAUUUGAAUAAGAAAAGGGUGUUAAGUCAUUUAGGAAUCCAAUAAAUAUAAUGGAUUAUGUAGCUUCUUAGAAGGGGGAGAAUUUUCCCGAAUAGGAACAUGAUACAUGAUGUAUAAUACCAUAAUAUAGCAGCCUUGAACCUUGCUUUUACCUUAUUGACACCUUUUUUGAAUUUGCUGCUAUUAGAUCUUCAUCCUUCUCUACAUAUUUGCUGAUAUUACAUCUUCACUUCCAAAUAUUGUCUACCAUUAUUAUUAUGUCCCUAUUCUGAGCGGCAAUGUUUGUAGAAGACCAUUCCCUUU